AGUGCGGCUGAGGCGGCGCUCGGCUCUGUGUCCCCGCAGGUCGUGGAGCGCUGCGUGGCGGCCGCCGGCUACAGCGUGGGGGAGUUUGCGGCACUGGUCUUCGCUGGAGCCCUGGGCUUUGCUGAAGCGCUGUACGCGGUGAAAGUGCGCGCCGAAGCCAUGCAAAAGGCGUCGGAAGCUGUCGCCAGUGGAAUGCUUUCGGUUGUCGGCCGGCGAGAGGCAAAUUACAAAUUUGCCUGCCUGGAAGCCCGUAAACACUGUGAAUCGCUGGGUAUAGAGAACCCCGUGUGCACAGUUUCAAACUAUUUGUUUCCAGACAGCAGAGUCAUUGCAGGACACUUACAGGCUUUGGAGUUUUUGCAGGAGAAUGCCCGAAAAUAUUAUUUUAAACGUACAAAAAUGCUCCCAGUCAGUGGGGCUUUUCAUACCAGCCUCAUGGAACCAGCAGUAGAGCCACUGGCUGAAGUCCUAAAAUCAAUUGAAAUUCAGAAACCGCUGCUCUGUGUGUAUUCCAAUGUCGAUGGCAAAAAGUACAUGCAUUCAAAGCACAUUCAAAAGCUGUUAGUGAAGCAGGUGGUGUCGCCUGUUCUGUGGGAGCAGACCAUGCACUCAGUGUACGAAAGAAAGCAAGGAACAGAAUUUCCUUACACAUAUGAAGUGGGGCCCAGGAAUCAACUAGGAGCCAUUCUCAAACAAUGUAAUUUGAAGGCCUGGAAACAAUAUAAACAUGUAGAUGCUCUGGAAGAUGAGGAAGCAACAGAGACUUAAAUAACCUUUUGAGAAAAAUCCACACGAUUCCUUUUUUUUCUGAUUUAAAACUUUGUGCUCCCAAAAGAGGAAGUCUUAAAUAUUCUUAUGUUGUAAAGAGAACUAUGUGUGUAAUUGCAAUGAACAUUUUCCGUUGAGUUCCUCAGGUGUGGAAAGGGGAGAGCAAAGUUUGGCCUUCCAUCUGUGUUGGGACCGCAACGCUGUCAACAAACAGGCCAGGUAGCAUUGUUUGGCCUCAAUCCUGCAAGCAACUUUUUCUCUUGGGUUUCUCUUUUGUUUGUUUUUUUUCAGUUGAUUAUUUUUUGGGGGAGUGUUUUGGAUGUGGAUUCAGGUUCCAGUUGGUAGCCUUGGCUGUGUGAUGCAGGGAUCUUCUGCAGGAAUGUGGGGGUUGUUGUUGGCUCCAAGUUGUAGAGGGCUCUGUUCUGGGCUGGAGGGUGCAUUUGGAGGAGCCAUUUCUUGGGAUGGCUUUCAGGUGUGUUGAUGUUCCCAUUUUCUUACUCAACUGACUUGUGGGGUAUUCAUCUAUGUAAAGUUCUCUUACUUUGUGUCCACAUUGCCAGGUAGCAGCUGAGCGAGGCAAAUGAUGUUACUAGAAAAAUUAUUUUCUUAUGGUUAAACUAUAAAUAAACUAUGAAGCUUUUCUUGCUCUUUUUAAUGCUUUGGGGUGCAUCAUUAUUGGCUCUGUCCGCAUGUGGAUGGAAGUAACUUUCCCUCCAGUUGUCCAAUGCCACAUUGGUUGUGCUGAGUUAGACAAGAAAUGUUCACUGGGAAAAAAAAAACUUAACGAAAAUAUUAUUUACAUUUCCUGGCAGCAGGAAAUGAUGAACUAGAGAGCAUCAGGUUGUCCCAAACCCUCCUGGAAAGAGCUUCCCAUUUCCCAGCUUUUUGGUAUUUUAAUGCUGUAUUUAGCAAAUAUAUAGAAAAAAAAUAGGAUAUAUUACUUAAAUCAAACGACUGACAAUGUCUUCAGUAGUGUAUUAUGAAAUGCAGGAGAACUUCCAAUUACAGUACCAAUCAUUCUGUAAUUUCACACUUGUGACAGGGAGAGUGAAUUGAAAACACUGGCCCUUAUUAUUGUUGCUAAGUGGGCUGUAUUAUUAAACAGUUCUUUCGUGGACUGCAGCUGGCAGCUGUGCCUCCCCUUCUAGUACAAAUUCCACUUCUAGCAUGUGUAAACAUUAACAAUCAGCAAAAUAGUAUAGAGUUAUUCAGCUUCACCAUUGGACUGCUAGAAGCUGAUGAGUAAGGGUUGGAAUAACUGUAAAGAAAAUUAUUAUUUCAGUGAAGGUUCCUAUGUUACAGGUAAGACAUUAAUUACUCAGAAAAGCAUACCAAAGUCUUCAGUUAGAAUUAUCGGUUAGAAUAUUGCAACUAAGUCCCAUUCAUAUUAUUAAACACUGUGUUGUCCUGUGUUAGAAGUUUCUGACCACACCUUUUAAGACCAAACACAACAUUCAUGACUUUCAAACCAGGCUUUAAGAUAGCUGAAACUGAGUGUGGUAUGUUGGUGGCACUAAUUUUAGUGCUUUAAAAUUUCUGGACUUUCUUUUUAUUUAACCUUUCAUAGGGAAUGUUGGAGACUUGUUUUCUAUUUUGUAGUGUUCUUGACAUAAUUUUUUUCAUUUUUUUCCCCCCUCAUUUCAUUUUGUUGUACACUUUGCUCGGAAUUAAAGCUCUUUGGGAAAUCCAA